AUGGUACAGGCGGAAUCUUCUCACGCUGUCGCCAAAAACGCGCAGCGCGUCAAUACUGCGGGUACACCUUCAGACUAUGAGCUACCAUGGGUAGAGAAAUAUAGACCGAUUUUGCUUGACGAUGUCGUUGGAAAUACAGAGACUAUCGAGAGACUUAAGAUAAUCGCCCGAGAUGGCAAUAUGCCUCAUGUUAUUAUUUCUGGAAUGCCGGGAAUCGGAAAGACAACGUCCAUUUUAUGCUUGGCAAGACAAAUGCUAGGGGAUACUUACAAGGAGGCCGUAUUGGAGCUCAAUGCUAGUGAUGAACGAGGUAUUGACGUUGUUAGAAACCGAAUCAAGGGAUUUGCUCAAAAGAAGGUGACUCUCCCUCCUGGAAGGCAUAAGCUGGUAAUUCUGGAUGAGGCGGAUAGUAUGACAUCUGGGGCACAACAAGCCCUGCGACGCACUAUGGAGAUAUACUCUGCGACUACCAGAUUUGCCUUUGCAUGCAACCAAUCGAACAAAAUUAUAGAGCCACUUCAAUCCCGUUGCGCCAUAUUACGCUAUUCUCGGCUAACGGACGCGCAAGUCGUCCAGAGACUCAUGCAAAUAUGUGAGGCAGAAAGUGUAAAACACUCCGACAAUGGAAUUGAAGCCCUUGUAUUUAGUGCUGAAGGAGAUAUGCGCCAAGCAAUAAACAAUUUACAAAGCACCUGGGCUGGUUUUGGAUUUGUAAGUGGUGACAAUGUUUUCAGGGUGGUCGAUAGUCCGCAUCCCGUCAAAGUCCAGGCUAUGAUUAAAGCUUGUUAUGAGGGCAAAAUUGAUGCUGCAUUGGACGCACUAUCAGAAUUAUGGGAGCUGGGGUAUUCAUCGCAUGACAUUAUUUCAACUAUGCUGCGCGUUACUAAAACAAUUCCGACCCUUUCAGAGCACUCGAAGCUUGAGUUUAUAAAAGAAAUUGGCUUUGCACACAUGCGCAUCCUAGAGGGCCUACAGACUUUUGUACAGCUCAGCGGUUGUGUAGCGAAAUUAUCCAAGAUCAACAUGAAGCCAGAACUUUUCAAGCCAUCGAAAGGAUGA